UACAACUGGUCAAUAAAAAUACAAAAAAGAGAAAAAGUCCAAUAAAUCCCAAACCAAUAAAGAAAGAUCACAAAAACAUUUGGAGAAAACGCCAAACCAGCCACCAGCAUCCAGCGCAAAGCUGCAUGUAUCUAUUCAUCAUCCCCAUCCACGCGCCAAGGGACAUCGAUUUCAAUUCAACCACCGUCACAAAUUCACCAUUUUUCCUUCCCCUUAAACCCUAAUCGAUCCCAAUCUCAAUCAAAUUAUUCACCUUGAUUCCAUCCCAGAAAAAAAGACACAAAGAAACAGAUUAAGAUUAAGGUGAAUUACAACUUGUUUCUUAUAAAUAGAAACGGAAUAGGAACGGAGGAGGUAGUAUUUGUUUCAGAUUCAUUCCCGUUUCCAGAAAAAGAAAAUAAAACAUAAUUUUGAGAGAUAGAAAGAAAUAAAUUAAGAAAGGAAGAGAGUGUUGUGUUACUGUGGAGUGAGAGGAGAGAGAGAAAUGCCAAGUGUGGCUGUGAAGCUCUACAGCGUGUUCUUCAAGUUCCUCUUGAAGCACCGUCUGCACAACCGAAUCCAAACCACUUCCGAACCCUCCGACCCGUUCGGCGUCACGACCCGACCCGAAGAAUCCGUCGCUCCAGCGAACCCUUCCUUCUCCGACGGCGUCGCCACUAAAGACAUCCACAUCGACCCCUUAACCUCUCUCUCCAUCCGAAUCUUCCUUCCCGAAUCCGCCCUCACCCCUCCCGAGCCUCACUCCAACCCUAGGUCCGAUCCCCUGCCUCGAUCCGCGCGUGCCGACCCCGUUUCGCGGCGGAGUAGCUACGGGCCGCCGCUCCGGGAGGAGCACCGGAGCAGCAGCUUUGGAGGGAGCUCCGGCGUGGAGGGGUUGAACCUGAUGUCGGAUGGGGUGUACCGGGGGUACGCGCCGGGGAAGCGGGGGGAGCGGCGGAGGCUGCCGGUGAUGCUGCAGUUCCACGGUGGCGGGUGGGUGAGCGGCGGGAGCGAUUCGGUGGCGAACGACGCGUUCUGCCGGCGGAUCGCGAAGGUGUGCGACGUGGUGGUGGUGGCGGUGGGGUACCGGCUGGCGCCGGAGAACCGGUACCCGGCGGCGUUCGAGGACGGCGUGAAGGUGCUGAAUUGGCUGGCGAAGCAGGCGAAUUUGGCGGAGUGUAGCAAGUCGAUGGUGGGUGGGAAGAGUGGAGGGCAUAAUGUUGGUGGGGAGUUUAAGAAAUCGGAUUCGCAUAAGCAUAUUGUUGAUUCAUUUGGGGCUUCUAUGGUUGAGCCUUGGUUGGCUGCUCAUGCUGAUCCUUCAAGAUGUGUUCUUCUUGGAGCGAGUUGUGGUGCCAAUAUUGCAGACUACGUGGCACGAAAAGCUGUGGAAGGAGGCAAACUUCUGGACCCUGUCAAGGUGGUAGCACAGGUCCUGAUGUAUCCAUUUUUCAUUGGAAGUGUUCCCACACGUUCUGAAAUAAAAUUGGCAAAUUCUUACUUUUAUGACAAGGCCAUGUGUACGCUUGCCUGGAAACUUUUCCUACCUGAGGAGGAAUUUAGUUUGGACCAUCCAGCUGCUAAUCCCCUUGUCCCAGGCCGGGGUCCUCCUUUAAAGUUGAUGCCUCCAACAUUGACAGUUGUGGCCGAACAUGACUGGAUGAGGGAUCGUGCCAUUGCUUACUCAGAGGAGCUCCGGAAGGUGAAUGUUGAUGCACCUGUUCUUGAGUAUAAGGAUGCAGUACAUGAAUUUGCUACCCUGGACGUCCUUCUGAAAAGCCCUCAGGCCCAGGUUUGUGCUGAGGACAUUGCCAUAUGGGCGAAGAAAUAUAUCUCACUUCGAGGUCAUGAAUUCUCAUAUUGAGUAGGAUAUAGCAGAUGAUGGUUGACAGGAAGAUAUUUACCCACCCCAACUACAAAAUUAGCUUCAGAUCACUCUUUUGCUGCUAUUGCAUGGGACAUGUGAUAUAUUAUUUGAUUGGUUUUGAUUCUUGAUAAGGUUUUGGAUGUUGACCGGUUCCAUGUGCAUACCCCCUGCCAGUUUAUUAUUUUUUGUUUGUAAGAUAGUUGUCUGAGAGAGUAGGAUUAGUUGAGCCAGUGAGAUGCAUUCACCUGCACUUGACCAUUCUUGUGCCAUUUUUUCCUGUGUAUUAUGGUGUCCUAUUUUUCAUGAAAAGAAUAUAAAAUUUAAUGAACCAUUCUCUUAGCGUGAGUAUGUGGUAUGCAAUUCAUUACCCAACAUUAUGGCCCCCUCCGAAAGGUGUGAGGGAGUGUUCAACAGACCAUGCUGACCCUCAGAACCCUUUGUGUUAUACUUUUUCAUUGAUUUUUAUUAGCUAUGUGGGUUCUAUGACUUCUUUCAAGGUACUAAUAUGCAAAGCAGAACUCUGUCCAUUGAGAGCUGGUCUCCAUUUUGCCGGGAUCUUCAUUAUCACAAAUUCUGUGGAGUCAAACUCUUGGCUAGUUUGGUUUCCCAUCUGAUUGGGGGAGAAUGUGGAUAAGAGAUGUGAAACUCAGAAGCUAUCCAUUUAAGCUUGUGCUGUGAAUGUGGAAAAGACACAAGUCUGAAACCGUGUUGGCCUCAAUAUUGGAAGCACUUUGAGGGUAGGGGUAGCCAGACUUUGGUGUAUGCUCAGAUUGAUCAUUGUUGGAUUUUCUGGGCAUAUGCUAUUGGCCUAAGAUAGCUCCUCUGUCGACUGUUCUGCAAACUUAAGUUCGAGGACUUACACGAAUAUUUGGUUGUGGAAAGUCGUUUUGUUAACUUUAGAGCAGUAUUGAAAAACAAUCUGAACAAAAUUAUGUGAUAUGAUAACAAAAAGGUAUAUUUGGAGCA